UACAAUGACAUUGAAUGAUAUAUUUCUUUGUAUUUGUCCUGCUGUUUGCGGGCAGGAUAUAUUUCUACAAAGUACCACAAACUCUGAGUUCCUUUCCAAUUUACACCUACAGUGUUCUUUCACUGUGGCCAGUGAAAAAUUUGGAACUUUCUGUAUAGAGCAUUGUUAGAAUAGUUUGACCAUAUUCAAGAUUCAAAAACUUUAUUGUUUUUAAAGCAAGUUCAACCACCACCUGAUGCAAGAUUACUGACCUGAAACAUGAAGUCAGUUUCUCUCUCCACAAUGCUACCUGAUCUGCUGAGUACUUCCUUAGAGUCAAAAAGCUCCAGAACACAGAAAGACACCCUUCAGCCCAUCUAAUGUGCACCAAACUCUUAUUCUACCGAGUCUCAUUGAACCACACACUCCAUACACUUCCUACUUACCCAAAUUUCUCAUAAACAUUGCAAUCGAACCCACAUCUUCCACUUCCAUUAGCAGCUCAUUCCACACUCACACCACCCUCUGAGUAAGCUCCUGAGUAACCCUAACCCUAACCCUUACUCUGAGUAAGCUCCUGAGUAACCCUAACCCUAACCCUUACUCUGAGUAAGCUCCUGAGUAACCCUAACCCUAACCCUUACUCUGAGUAAGCUCCUGAGUAACCCUAACCCUAACCCUUACUCUGAGUAAGCUCCUGAGUAACCCUAACCCUAACCCUUACUCUGAGUAAGCUCCUGAGUAACCCUAACCCUAACCCUUACUCUGAGUAAGCUCCUGAGUAACCCUAACCCUAACCCUUACUCUGAGUAAGCUCCUCCUCAGCUUCUCCUGAAACAUUUCACCUUUCCCCCUGAAUAUGACCUCUUGUUUGAAUCUCACCUCACCUCAGCAGAAAAAGUCUGCUUGGAUUUACCCUACCUGUAGCACUAAUACCUUUAUCAAACCUCCCCUCAAUCUCCUACACCCCAAGGAAUAAAAUCCUAAUCUAUUCAACCUUUCUCUACAACUUGGGUUUCUCACGACCAUUCCAGGAUUCUGUUUAUAUUUCAACCACCACCACCUGAAUAUGUCACAACCAUUGGUCUUCUUCGUGUCACCCUUGCCAAUCACUUGGAGAUUUAUUACAAUAAAUUCAAGGUUAUAUGACUAACACAUAGUGCAGACUUCGGAAGACAAAUGUUGCAAAAAUAAUCCAGGUACUUAGGCCUAUCUUGUUUGAAACUGUACCCUCAUUUGCUUAAGAGUGAGCAGGACGUAGUUUGAUUAAAGAAUUUUAACAAAUGUCACCUUUCACAUUUUGGGAUUUCUCAAACUCUUAUGGAGAGACCUAGAAUAUAACAGCAAUGACGUAAUGCUGAGGUUUCAUAAGGUAAUUGGCCUUUAGGUGGUGUGGAGGACAUUUCCAAUAUUGGGAGAGUCUAGGACCAGAGGGCACAGCCUCAGAAAACAAGAGUUUCCCUUUAGAAUAGAGAUGAGGAGGAAUUUCUUCCAGAGGACAGUGAAUCUGUGGAAGUCAUUGUCACAGAUAGCUACGGAGGCAAAAGUCAUUUAAAGCAGUGGUUGAUAGUUUCUUGAUUAGUAAGGGUGUCAAAGAUUAUGGGGAGAAAACAGGUGGAUGGGGUUGAGAUGGCAAAUAAAUCAGCCAUGACUGAAUGGCAGAGUACACUUGAUCAAUUGAUUGGCUCAAUUCUGUUCCCAUGUCUUAUGGCCUUAUGGCACAGUUGAGCUGUUGUCAUGAUUAAGUUAGGAAUGCAACAUAUGUAAAAUAAUUAUUCUUAGAGAUGGGAUUUAUGCACUUAUGUAAAGGCACAACCUGAUAAGGGACAGUCAGCAUGGGUUUGUACAGGGCAGGUCAUGUAUUCAAAGUAAAUAUUUUUGAAGAGGUAAUAAAGGUAAUUGAUGAAAGUUGGGCAGUGGAAGACAGAGGGUAGUGGUGGAAGGAUGUUUACCAUGCUGGAGGAUCAUGACCAGCAACAUUCUGCAGAGGUCAGUGCUGCGAUCUCUAUUGUUUGUUACAUUUAGAAAUGACUUGGGUGAAAAUGUAGAUGGACAGGUUAGUAAGUUUGGAGGCAACACAAAGAUUAGUGGAGGUGCAGACAGUGAAGGUGGUUUUCUGAAGAAUAUAGAUCUGUUACAGAUAUGGGUGGUGAAAUGCCAGAUAGAGUUUAAUCAUAAGUAAGGGGAAAGUCAUAAGUAAGGGGAACAUAUACAGUUAAUGGCAAACAGCCUUAAUAUAUAGAUGGAUAUUGGGGUCCAAGUUCAUAGCUCCCAGAAAAUAGCCACGCAAGUAGAUAGAGUGCUAAAGAAGGCAUAUAGCAUACUUCAUUUUUUUAGGGCCACUGAAUAUUAGAUUACAGAAGUCAUGUUUCAGUUAUAUAAAACUUUGGUUAGGCUGUACUUGGAGUAUUGUGUGCAGUUCCCUUUGCACCAUUACAGGAAGGAGUAGAAGCUUUGUAGAGGGUGCAGAAAAGGUUUCGUUUAUUACAGGGCAAUUUUCUUUGCACAGAAAGUAGUAGCUGUCUGGACUGGAUUGCCAGAGUACUGGGGGAAAUAGAUAUGAACGUGUUAUUUAAGGAGCCUUAGAAAGGCACAUGAAUAUACAGGGAAUGAUGGGAUAUGUAUCAUGCGCAGGCAGGAAGAGAUUUAGUUUAAUUUGGCAUCAUGUUUGGCACAGACAUUGUGGGUUGAAGGGCCUCUCCCUCUGCUGUACAGUUCUAUGUGCUAAUAAGAUUUUCUAUUUAAAGAUCUGUUUUGGGAGAGGUACUGAUCAGGGUAACACUUCUUAAAAAUUACUUGAACUUUUAGAGGUAAAAUUAAAAUUUAAAAUUUAAAUUAUGAGGGGGAUAGAUAGUGUUGAAGUGGAUAGGCUUUUUCCAUUGAGAGUAGGGGAGAUUCAAACAAGAGGACAUGAGUUGAAACUUACGGGGCAAAAGUUUACGGGUAACCUGAGGGGGAAUUUCUUUACUCAGAGAGUGGUAGCUGUGUGGAAUGAGCUUCCAGUAGAAGUGGUAGAGGCAGGAUUGGUAUUGUCAUUUAAAGCAAAAUUGGAUAGGUAUAUGGACAGGAAAGGAAUGGAGGGUUAUGGGCUGAGUGUGGGUCAGUGGGAUUAGAUGAAAGUAAGCGUUCAGCAUGGAUUAGAAGGGCCAAGAUGGCCUGUUUCCAUGCUGAAAUUGUUAUAUGGUAUGUGAGGACAGGUAUCUACAGGUAUCAGAGGGAGAAGAAAUACAGAAAAAGCUGGACAUGCUCAAAGUCAGGCAUCUUUAGAAAGAUAAAUAUUGUUAAUGUUUCUGUAUGAUGGUCUUUCAUCAGAAUGAAAGUUAGAAAGAAUAACAUUUUUUCCAGUGAGGUGUGUGGCAGACGAAGGAAAUGUCUCUGAUGGAAAGAAAGGACACAGGUAAUUUUCAGAGCAGCAUAUUGAUUGUAGCUGACUGGUCUUCAGAAAGUGUAAAAAGGAGUUGAAUGAGAAAAAAAUGUAUUGAGGUGUGGGAUACACAGCACAGCUCUUGCUGAGACGUAAGUGACGGUUGGAAUGUUGUAACAUGCUGGGAUGGAAGAUGAGAUAUGUUGUUUAUAAAGUUUAUGUUGGCAUAACAGAGAGGUCGUUGUGGGAUGGAGAAUUAAAUUAAAAGGCAACAGGAGUUCUACAAAGUGGGCACUUUAUCUGUUUAUAAUUUCUCCUAUGUGGAAAAGAUGGUACCUUCAAUAAUGCAGCAAUUUCUUAGAACUGCGGUGGGCAGCUUAUAAUAUGUGAUCAAAUCUCUGGAAGUCAGAUUUGAACAGAGAGCCUUUACCCUCGCACCUGAACCACCGCUACCCUUUUAAUUAGGCUCCUAAAUGAAUACGUCUUAAUUUAUUCAGUAGAGGACCUGGUCCGGAUUCUUCUUGUUAAAGGGAAUUGAGAGAGGUUAAGUGAAUGCUGAAAAAAUGUUUUUGCUGACAUUAAAGGUUAGGGAACAGUGCAGAAUAUAGCUCAGAUUAUAUUGAUAACGGUGCUAUUUUACACAUUAUCUCCAUGUGUUUGGGUGCGCUUGGAAGUUACACCAGUCGCCUAUCAACUGUGCCACAAUUAUGUUAAGUGCCAUCUGUUAUCCCUUUCCCGCUCAGCCCUCCUUGGAUUUCAAUUCCAAACAUGGUAACCUUUUCUCUGUAACUUAGCUGUGUUGCCAAGACAAAUCCCCCCGCUCGCUCGCUCGCGCCCUCCCCGCGUACACGCAAACACGCUGCUUUGUCUUCGCCAGUCCCGGCUACCGCUCGAUUAGUUCAGGAACUUAAAUCUCCCAAGUUUUAAAAAUGUUGAGGGAAAACUCGAGUUUCCUCGAAACUAUUCUGUACGACGGCUCCGACUGCAAGGUUCUGAAUUAUGGGAGUGAGGGGGCUAUCUUCCACUUGGCUAAUGUCAUGUUCACACUGGGCUACAUGAGUGGUAGCGGCUUUUUCGGACUAGUUUAUAUCUUCAGCCUUAUUGGCAUUGGGUUUUUCAUCCAGUCUCUCUGGGGCUGGGUCGAUGCCUGCGGGGUGGAUAUCUUUAUUUGGAGCCUGCUGCUCUUUGUGCUCUGCUUGGUCCAACUAGCCCACGUUGGCUACCGGCUGCGGAAGGUAACUUUCGAUGAGGACUUUAUUAACCUUUAUAAAGCUAUGUUUCGGCCUCUGGAGGUUCCCCUUAACGUCUACAAGGAGAUCGUGAGGUGCUGCGAUGCCGAAGUGAUGAGCCUCGCCCGCGAUCAGAACUACGCGGUGGAGGGGAAAACAGCGAUCGAUCGGCUGUCGUUGCUGCUCUCCGGCAGGAUUCGUGUUUCUCAUGAUCAGCAGUUUCUUCACUAUAUCUUUCCCUAUCAGUUCCUUGACUCUCCAGAAUGGGAAUCUCUACGACCAAGUGAAGAGGGCAGUUUUCAAGUGACACUGACAGCAGAAACAGACUGUUGCUAUGUGACAUGGAAGAGAAGGAAGUUGUAUCUGCUCUUGGCUAAACACCACUAUAUUGCACGCCUAUUCACUGUUCUGCUAGGAAAUGACAUUGCAGACAAACUUUACUCACUCAUUGACAAGCUCUACUGCAGGGGCGGGGUCCGUUACGAUAUCCGUCUACCAAGUCUUUAUCAUGUAUUGGCACCUUCUGUUGAAUCUGAGAAAGAGAAGAUCGCAGAAAGUCCCCAUCAUGUUCCUCAGAGGUCAUUUAAUCCUCAAGAAUCUCCCUGUAAAAAAUCAUGUGGAGAUCACAGCGACCUUUUGGGUGAGGAUUCAACCAGCCUAGUUCUGGAAGACUUUGCAGAUAUGACUGGAUCAUUUAUGGAAUAUACCAGUGAAAAAGAGUACAUGAAAUAAUGAUCCAGUAAUUGUGAUAAAACCUUGUGUCUGUCCAUUCAUGUGUACGAACAAUUCUGGGAGUAGUAUUCAUAAGAAAUAUGCUCCACUGGCUCCUACUCAGACCCCAGAGCUCUGAACAUGACCGAUAAGACAAUGAACAUGGCAUGGGAAUCAUUAAAAAAUUACUCGAUGAACAACAAAAAGACUAAAAAAUGUAAUUUAUAGUCAUGCAUCUCAAUAUUUAUUUUAACGUGGCUUCACUGAUAUUCUAAAUAAGCAAUCAGAUAGUACUAUUUCAGCAACUUGCAUCUAAUUCAUCAUCUGCAGCGGUUCAGUGAGAUUCUGUUCUUGAGGAUUAAUGGAAUAAUGAUGAUAAAACUGAAUUAAAUUUUAUUGUAUCCCAGUUAAUUAAAAAUCUGCUAUGAGGAAAAUAGCAUGGUACUUUAAAAAGGCACAUUUUCAUAUAUUCCACUGAAAUACUGGGUAGGAGUCUUAGGCAAUACUAAUUUUGCCAUCAAACAAAAUGGAAACCUCUUGCAUGAUCUGCCACAAUUAUGAUGGUGCCAAAAUGACGAUAUUCAAGUUUUGAAAUUAUCAACUGUAAAAUUCUGAAUGACAUUGUACAUUUUAGGAAGUUAGUGGAAAAUUAUAGGUCACACAAUUGUAAUAAACUAUAAUAUGCACAGUAUUUUGUUUGUUUUUAUUUCAAUAUUAUUCAUGGAAAUACAUACAGUAAUAACUAUAUGAAUGAUUUAGAGAGGCUCUCAAAUUUGAACAAAGUAUUUUCAUUCCAAUACCUAAAGCCAAAUUAUGUAGCUGCUAAAAUAUAAUCAAGGCAGUUCUCAUAAUUUGAUGUAAUGCUCCAAUAAAGUGCCUUGUGAUAUUUUAAUUUAUGCUUUUAUACAAAUACUGCUGAUGCAUACUUUCUGUCAACAUUAUGCAUUGAAAUAUCAACAUAAUGGAAAUGUUAUACAUAAAAUAGUUAAACUACCUUUGCAACCUUAUCCCUGAAAU